GACUGUUACACAACACGCCUGCCAAGUGGGGCCCCGGCCUGACUGUUCCCAUUAUCCCAAAUUCGCCUUUGGUGUAAGCAGCGAGGCCACCUGGGUGGUGACGGUGCUGCGUUCUCCAACCAAACCGACCAACCAAAAACUCGGUUUUCACGCUGGGGCCCCAGUCACGGUGUUGGGGGCGCGCCCGUGACUUCUUUAUUUACACUAGCCGUAAAACGUGAGAAAUAAGAAAGCCCAAGGGGGCAACCGAGGGUCUGUUUAUCAUGUAUGGCUUCAGGUAAUAAAACACCAGGGAGAAAAAUACUUAUGCAAAACUGAAGUUUUCAGAUAAUGGGUUAAUUUCCUAGAACAAACCAACAAAAACCCGGUAAUUGAGAAAAUACGAGUAGAUCUGAAAAUGAAUGGAUACUGCAAAAUCCUAAAGGAGUUGAUUAAAUGCCAGCUGCCAAGAUCCUAAAGCCCUGGGUGUUUUCAGAUUUUUUGGAGAAAGCACACCUCUCACCAGCCUGCGAUGAAUAAAGUGGAGAGGAAAAACCUGUUGCAUAAUCCCAUUUGCCGUGGGGUUUGGUGUGCCGUCCCCUUGAACCGAGGGGAAGUGAGUUAAGAUGCAGGGUUUUUAAAACUCUCUGAAGUUUUUAUUUACCCAGUGCUCUGGCUGCCACUUCUGCUUUAAAAGAUUAUAGGUAAAUACUCUGCUCUUACAAGUGAACCAAACCUAUCAAACCUGUUUAGAAAAUGACCAGGUAUGUUUCUUUUCUUUCUUUCCGGUGUGUGUAUGUACGUGUGUGAGAAACUUACCGUCCAUGAAAGACCUUCUAACUACUAUUUGGGGAACGUAGGCUGUCAGAAAAAUGCCUCUUUAUGCCACCCAUUUUGUGGGGCGGAUUGAGAGUUCACUUAGGUGACAACUGUUUCCUCAAAGGAUGUAUACGAUUUCAAAUUCCAUGAAGAAGAGCGCUUUUUAAAGUUAAGAAUCCUGUAUAUUGGUGGACACACAGCUUGGGAGGCCGUAGUUAAUUGAGAUUUGUGGAGUUCUGUAUUUGGUGAUGACAGCAAGCUGGAGAAAUAAAUUGAAAAACUAGGAAUUUGUGGCUUUGGAACAAGAUACGAGUUAUCCAUUUUACAGAUGAGGAAGCUAAGACCUUAGACUAAGUAAUCUAUCCAGAUCCCCAAACAAGUAAGAAGUGGUGCUAGCCCUGGAGCCGAGAUCUUCUGAUUCAUUUUCAGGAUUUUCAGUCCAGCGUAAAGCUGUUGGAGCGAGGAGCAAAGGUAAAGAAUGAUGUAAUGCGCUGGCUGCCCCAAAGCAUCUUUUGUUGUGGAAUGGUUAUUCCAGUCAUCUCUUUAUGAAUCAAAUGUGAGGGGCUGCUUUGUGGAAGGAGUCCUUUGCAAGAGCACAUCAACAGGGAAAGAGAAAGGGACAUUCACUUGGAGGGCUCUUGCUGAAAAUGGGUUUAACUCUCCUUUUGCCAGUCACCACCAGCCUGACCUCAUACAUUUUUAGUACAAUGGAGUGGCUGAGCCUUUGAGCACACCACCAUUACAUCAUCGUGGCAAAUUAAAGAAGGAGGUGGGAAAAGAAGACUUAUUGUUGUCAUGGCCCAUGAGAUGAUUGGAACUCAAAUUGUUACUGAGAGGUUGGUGGCUCUGCUGGAAAGUGGAACGGAAAAAGUGCUGCUAAUUGAUAGCCGGCCAUUUGUGGAAUACAAUACAUCCCACAUUUUGGAAGCCAUUAAUAUCAACUGCUCCAAGCUUAUGAAGCGAAGGUUGCAACAGGACAAAGUGUUAAUUACAGAGCUCAUCCAGCAUUCAGCAAAACAUAAGGUUGAUAUUGAUUGCAGUCAGAAGGUUGUGGUUUAUGAUCAAAGCUCCCAAGAUGUUGCCUCUCUGUCUUCAGACUGUUUUCUCACUGUACUUCUGGGUAAACUGGAGAAGAGCUUCAGCUCCGUUCACCUGCUCGCAGGUGGGUUUGCGGAGUUCUCCCGUUGUUUCCCUGGCCUCUGUGAAGGAAAAUCUGCUGUAGUCCCUACCUGCAUUUCUCAGCCUUGCCUUCCUGUUGCCAACAUUGGGCCAACCCGAAUUCUUCCCAAUCUGUAUCUUGGCUGCCAGCGAGAUGUCCUCAACAAGGAGCUGAUGCAACAGAAUGGGAUUGGUUAUGUGUUAAAUGCCAGCAAUACCUGUCCUAAGCCCGACUUUAUCCCCGAGUCUCAUUUCCUGCGCGUGCCUGUGAAUGAUAGUUUCUGCGAGAAAAUUUUGCCGUGGUUGGACAAAUCAGUCGAUUUCAUCGAGAAAGCAAAAGCCUGCAACGGAUGUGUCCUGGUACACUGCUUAGCUGGCGUCUCUCGCUCAGCCACCAUCGCCAUCGCCUACAUCAUGAAGAGGAUGAACAUGUCCUUAGACGAAGCUUACAGAUUUGUGAAAGAAAAAAGACCUACCAUAUCUCCAAACUUCAAUUUUCUGGGCCAACUCCUGGACUACGAGAAGAAGAUUAAGAACCAGACUGGCACAUCAGGGCCAAAGAGCAAACUCAAGCUGCUGCACCUGGAGAAGCCAAAUGAUCCUGUGCCCGCGGUCUCCGAGGGCGGACAGAAGAGCGAGAUGUGCCUCGGUCCACCCUGUGCCAACUCCGCUACCUCAGAGGCGGCAGGGCAAAGGCCCGCGCACCCUGCCGGCGCGCCCGGCUCGCAGCCGCCGCUGCCGGAGGACGGCCCGCUGGUCCAGGCGCUGAGCGGACUGCACCUGCCGUCCGGCAAGCUGGAGGACAGCAGGAAGCUCAAGCGCUCCUUCUCUCUGGACAUCAAGUCCGUCUCGUACUCGGCCAGCGUGGCCGCAUCCUUGCACGGUUUCCCCUCGUCAGAGGACGCUCUGGAAUACUACAAACCCUCCGCGGCUCUGGAUGGGACCAACAAGCUCUGCCAGUUCUCUCCGGUCGAGGAGGUGUCGGAGCAGACUCCAGAAACCAGCCCCGACAAGGAGGAAGCCAACCUCCCCAAGAAGCCUCAGCCCGCCAGGCCCGCAGAGAGCCAGGGCAAGCGGCUGCAUUCGGUGCGAGCGACGGGCGGUGGCACCGCCCAGCGGUCCCUCUUCUCCCCGCUGCACCGAAGCGGGAGCGUGGAGGACAACUGCCACACCAGCUUCCUCUUGGGCCUGUCCGCCAGCCAGCAGCACCUCGCCAAGUCUGCCGCCGGGCUGGGCCUCAAGGGCUGGCACUCAGAUAUCUUGGCUCCCCAGACCUCCGCCCCUUCCCUGGCCAACAGCUGGUAUUUUGCCACAGAGCCCUCGCGCUUCUACUCUGCCUCCGCCAUGUACGGGGGCAGCGCUGGCUACUCGGCCUACAGCUGCAGCCAGCUGCCCACCGGCAGCGACCAAGCGUACUCCGUGCGCAGGCGGCACAAGCCAGGCGACAGGCCCGACUCGCGGCGGAGCUGGCACGAAGAGAGCCCCUUUGAAAAGCAGUUUAAACGCAGAAGCUGCCAGAUGGAGUUUGGCGAGAGCAUCAUGUCCGAGAACAGGUCGCGGGAAGAGCUGGGGAAGGUGGGCAGCCAGUCUAGCUUUUCAGGCAGCAUGGAGAUCAUCGAGGUCUCCUGAGGAGACAGACACUCGUGACUUCUGUUGACAAUGUUUGUCUUGUUCACAAAAAAAUAUUCCCUGUAAAUCUGAAGUAUAUAUAUGUACAUACAUAUAUAUUUUGGGAAAACGGAGCUAUGGUGUAAAAGCAAAAGAUGGAUCAACACAGGUGUCUCUCCACACCUGCACUUGAGAGAUCAGCUGACACGUCUCUCAACGAAAGUGGAAGGGCAAAUGCUAGAUUUCCUCCUAGACAGAUGAGAAACUUUGCAGCGAAUUGCACAUCCUCUCGUUCUUCCUAAAUCCGGUUGUAUUUGGUGUUCGAGGACAGAAUCCUCUACCAUUUAAUUUUCGUGUCGUGCCACAGGAGAUCUCGAGCACUAGUCUCUGUCCUGUCCCUUCCGUAGUGCACCUUAGCGCUGAGACUGAGCCAGCUCAUGGGUCGGGCGGGUAGACCCCAUUAGGGACAGAACCUCAUGGUAAAUGCAAGAGAAACGAUCGCAUCCAAAGCGGAUUCAUGCGUCCACGCUCACCCGGCAGCCGAUGCGUGCAUCACUCUGCCGGACAGACCGUUAGGGGCCUUGCCGUGGUCUCCUUCGGAGCACACCCAGUACCUCAGACUGCAAGUCGGGGCUCUCACCACUACCAAGUCUGGUAGCCUGUGUCCUAGGCCUUGUGGGUAGGUAGGUAGCUAGGCACAUUUUGCAGACCGGUUCAGACUAUCUCUGCACAAAUUUCCAGUAGGGCCUGGAUGGAGGUGGUACCUUGUUUUCUUCUUCUCAGCUUUAUGAAGAGAAGGGAAACCAUCUAGGAUUCCACUUAACGGCCAGGGAUCUGGCAGCAUAAUGACUGAAGCUAAGGUCGGGAGGCUAAACAAGUCUACCUCCCUCCCUGUAAAUCCGAGAAUUGUUCAGAACGGUGUUGUUACCUUGGUUUCAGCCAGAUGGGGAUGUACUUGGGUCGGUAGCAGAGCAGCAGAACCUUCGAGUUCUCAGCCGGAGUACAGUUUUUUCCAUUUCGGUCUCACCGCACAUAUAGGUUUUGUAAAAAUCUAACAGGUAGAAUGUUAUAGGAAACUAUCAAGAGGGAGAAACUAUGGAAAGAUUAAAGAACUAACGUUGCUGAGGAGAAGCAGGAAACUCAAUUUUUUCUCGAUGGUUUUCUCCUCAGCACGUGACGAGGGUGGUAGUUCUGUGAUUCCCUUUCCGAUUUACUAAUAGGGCUGAGAGGCUGGUGACGUAAGGAGUGUUCAGAAUAACACAGUAUAGGAAAGUGAGGGGAAGGUGGUUGGAUUUGAUUCGUUGUGAGCAGAGUGGAAAGCUACAGCCAAGCUAUUCUCAGAAACUAUCCCCAGUAUUCUUUCAGUAGAAGGGACACAUCAAAAUGGAGCAGGACCAAGGUGGUCUCUCAGCCUUUGACCUACAAUCACUGUAUGGAAUCAAUCCUGGCAGCUGAAAAUAGGUGAUUGGAACAAGGAUACAAGUGUUAGUACAUACCUGCUUUUAAACUCCCUGGCUUGAGUCUUGUCAACUAUAGUAUGGCCCUCUUUUGAAGCCUUAAUUCACGUCAGCAGCUUUUGUGUGUGUGUGUGGGGGGGGGGGGUUGUCGUUCUUUACUGUAAGUGUAGCUAGUUGCUGACUCAUAUCUCAGGUUUUUCGGUGUUCGAGAAAUGGAUAGUCCUUUGACUGGGAUGUGACUUUGUGUUUCCUGUGAUGACUGCUGAAACCAGCACAGAAUGAAUGGCGUGACUCAAAGCUGACUUGUUCAUGAUGAUGCUGAGCUUCGUGUAACCUAACUGGUUGUGCGCAAAUAACGCGCUGUGAUCUGGGUGUAGAAAGAAGGCAGGAAGAGAGGACACCGCACAGGGAAGUCACUGUCAUUAUAUUGAAAAAGUUCUGUUCAAUGAUCGGAGUUUUUCCACAUACAUUUAAAUUUGGGAUGUAACCAGACAUUCUCCAGGUUUCACAGAGUAAUUUUUGAUGUGUUACGUAUACACACACCCUUCUUCCAGGGUCUGGUCACAACCGUGGAACGUUUCUGAGAAAUGAAAGGAACAGCUCCAAUCUUACAUAUGUCCCGGGAGGGUUGGGGGGGGGGGGGGCUUGGUUUUAACACCUCUCUGGGCAGAAAUUUGCCUUCCGUCAUUUGGGAUUUCUCUUGGCCACGGUCCCCUUCCUUCCUAUGACUGAUGAUGUAGUCAGACACUAAAACCUUUAGUCCUUGAUUGCGAAUGUCAAAUAAUCAGUUCUUGGGAUCCAGACUGCCAUGCCUCAGGGGCAAGCCCUGGAGCUGCUUGGGGGCGGGGGUGGCUGGCUCUCUCGAGUCCGUGAUCUUGGGGAAGCCCCAGAGGCUACCGGGGUGAUACUGAAUGGUGAUUUCUAAAGAGCAAAACUAGACUUCUGUGUGAGAAAUGCUGGACAAUGGCUUAGAACAUUUGUCAAGUUAGGUGGAAAGACUGUAUAAAUGUUUAAUAUGAAUAUAGUGUUCUUCGAGUAAGAUGCCGCCGAAUGGUUAAAUUGUGCAUUUCUCAUUUUGAUGUUCAUGUAUGUUAAUAUGAAAUAAAAUCAAAACUGGUACCUGUUUAUACAUAAA